AUGAAAGUGUUCAGCUUGAUAUCAAUAUCCGUAUGGCUAUACGGGGUAGUCUCCUCUUUUGAUUCAAUUAGCACAGAUAUUCAAUUUUGUAAGCAACUGCCAAAGCUCGAAUGCAGUCAUGCUCACUUAAAUGGUUCCAUUCCUCGUCACAAAUUUCUCGAGCUUCGAGCUAUAGCAGCUGAAAAGCAUCCUGAACUAGCCUCAGAAUUUCUCUUUGAUUCCCACACAAUUGAACAUACGGCCAGAUUUUUUGGUGCAUUCCAGAAUGACAUUUACAAGGUUACAGAUAAUCCAAAGGCCGUCACAGCUGCGACUAUGUCAGUUUUGGAAUCUUUUGAAAAAGAUGGCUGCAUUUAUCUUGAGCUUCGCACCACCCCAAGGAAUUGUGAAUCCAUGGAUAAGGCGCAAUAUCUAGAUACUGUGUUGAAAGCAAUUGAAUCCUAUGAUCAAAGUAACAUGAGAGUUCGAUUGCUAGUUAGCGUUGAUUGGAAACAUAGCACAGAGGAGGCUCUCGCCAUCAUUGAGCUAGCCCAAAAAGAGCGGGGACGUGGAAUAGUUGGCAUCGAUGUAUGCGGUAAUCCAACUCUAAGCGGUAGGUACCGAGAACUGAUCCCGGCUUUGAGAAAGGCGCAAGAGGAGUAUGGCUUGAAGGUCACCGUGCAUUUCUCCGAGAUUGAAGCCCAAGGACCGUACCUUGAUCAUCAGCUUAGUGAACUUAAACCAGACCGUCUUGGCCAUGCUACAUUUCUGACAGACUCAGCGCAACAGCAUGUCAUAACAAAUAAGCUACCAAUUGAGAUUUGCAUCACGUCCAAUGUGCUUGGCAAAACGGUGAAAUCAGUUGAGGAACAUCAUCUCAGAUGGGCAGUGAAAAACGGAGUCCCUGUGCUCAUCUCAACCGAUGAUACACUCUUAUUUGAAACCACGUCUGCAAAUGAGUACCAGUUGGCUCUUCAAAUUCUUGGAGGAGAUAGAGCCUUACUUCUAAAGCAAAUGAAGAUAGGAAUCGAACAGACUUUUGGAACAGACGAAGACAAGGCCUGGAUGAGAAGGAAAAUGGACGCCUUCGAGUGA